AUGCAGACCACGAAAGGCUUCAACCCUUCGAGUGGCGCAACUCCUGACUUGAAGAUGAUGAACCUCGUCAUCGAUGUGUUGAGUGAUCAAUCCAUUCUCCCCGCCAUGCAGCGGUUCGGCCUCAGCCCCGCCGUAUGGGCAAGCAAAGCCGCGCGAUUCCACGCUAUCGAGAAUGCGACGAGCAACAUUACACUCGCUCAGGAAAUCUUUGUGGAACCAUUCUUGCGAGGCAACGCAGGCGCCAAUGCCAUCAAGGGGUGGCUCAACACCAAACUUGGCCUCGACUGGGAUGAGUACGUGGUCCCUUACGACGUUAUGCAGGCCAUGUGCAAGGGUCUGCUCAAUAUUGUCAAGAAUCAUCCGCAAGAUAAGAGCUUCGGGAUGCACAUCUUGCUCACCACGAAGGAUGCCGGAGGAGGCUAUGGAGAUCCGUACUCGUGGAAAACCUUCCGGGAAAUCCUGACUGGUCUUCUCGGCGCACAAGAACUGCCGUCAGGUACCACUGCUGCGGAGAUUAUCCAAGACCGGCUUCAUUGCAAGAGAAUAAUGCAGAACGAUAAUCGGUAUGGCCAACACAGUAAGAUCGUGUGUGUGGAUAGGCAGCUUCUGUAUGUGGGAAGCGACAAUAUUUAUCCAGAGUACAACGAGCAGCAUGGUGUCUGGAUUGAUGAUACGAAGAACAUCGAGGCAUGGUACAGCCAGUACUUUGACACUGCGUGGCAAAAGGGGGCCGAUGUUGUCGAUUAG